CUCACACACACACACUCCUGUGGCCGGAGAGGGAGGUUUCACCGCGGACGCACUUUACACCAAGUUCCUGGACUAAAGUUUCCCUGCAGCGGUCCAGCCUGCCAGGAGUCUUUUAUUUUAAUAAGAGAAGAAGAAGAAGAGUCCGAGCGCCGUGUCUAUGUGUGAGUGUGUGUGCGUGUGUGUGUGUUUAUGAGUGUGUGCGCGCGCGCUGCUCCUCUUCCUGAAACACCUGCGCGCUUCAGGUAACUCUGAUGAAGAGGAAGUCCUUCAGCGAGCGGUGAAAAGUUCGUCCUGCAGACAUGUCCACCUGCCGCAAUUUAUGUGGCAGCAACAGCCGAUCCAGCAGGACCUCCGGCUCGGGGGCCCACUAUGCCCUGUGCGCUCUGGGAGUGGGGCUCAUCGCUCUGGGCAUCGUCAUGAUCGUGUGGACUGUGAUUCCCCUGGACGGCGAGGACUCCGGCUCCUCCGGCAACAACACGUCCGUGCCCGGGAGCAACGACGAGGAAGACGAGGAGUCGGAGCGCACCAAGUCCUCGUCCGUGGCCCUGGUGCUGGUCGGGGUCGGGGUGGCCAUCCUCUUCCUGUCCAUCUGCCUCGGCGUGAGGAGCAAGAGGAGGGCGAGCGAGAGGAGGAGCCAGCGGGGGGUCGGGGUGCCUUUCAUGGACCACGUGGUUCCAGAGCAGGAAGAGACUGUGGACCCGACGGCCUACAACGUGCCGAGCUACGACGAGGUGGUGGGCAGCCAGGACUACCCGGUCCGCCAGAGCAACCUCCGCAACAGCACCUCGCAGCUGCCGUCCUACGAGGACAUCUUGGCCGCCGUGGAGAACGAAGGCAGGGAGCCGGCCGAGAACGGCGCCCCGAGUGAGGCGGCGGCGGCGGGGGCGGCAGCAGCAGCCCAGCCCGCCGCCACCGAGCCCGACGCGUCCGGCCUCUCCGCCCGGCCCAGCCUGCCCGCCCGCAGCGCCAGCCGGGCCAGCCGCCUGCUGCGGCCGCUCCGGGUGAGGAGGCACAAGUCGGACAAGCUGCACCUCAAGGACUUCCGCCUCCAAAUCCGCACGCCGACCCAGAACCCGGUGACCAUCGAGCCCAUCACGCCGCCGCCCGGGUACGAGAACAAGAUGCCGGAACUACAGUAGAGCGAAGCCUCGUGUCUCAGUUCCACGUAGAAUAAAUAACACCUGGAGGAUUUAACAGACUAACAACAACAACUCUCCAACUUUUUAAAAGUUUAAAGCUUGACGGAGAUCCUGCAGACAGCGAAGAGAAUAUACACAUCGGUCUCUUUUCUUCACACCUGAAGCUUGUCACUGACAUAUUUAUUCUGUUGGAAAACAUGAAGUCUGUCUGAAAGGAUUUUUUUAAAGAUCCUAAAGUAACUUAUGUCACAGUUUUUCAGUUUUAUUUAAUAUCCACGUUGUUUGUUCUCCGCUUUACCAAGAAGUCUUGUUUUCUCCAUGUUUUCUGACUGAUUACUUGUAAAGUGUGGAAACUUAGAAACCACAGAUUUUGAUUUAAAGGGACAUUAAAUUGUUUAGUUGUGGGCAGAUUUUUAGAAGCCAUUAAUUAUCAUCGGUAUCUGAUAACUCGAUCUGUUUUUUGUAAUUAAAACUUAAAUCAUUCCAAACAAUUGCGAUUCAUAUUUUUCCUUCUGAUUUUGUAUGUUUUUUAAAGUCUUAAGUAAUUCAGCUCUUUUGUGACUUGUCUGUUUAGAGUUUUUACAAAAACAACUUUGUACUGCCAGGUGUGAACUGUUGGAUUUUGUGGUGAUGUGACAUUAAUGAUUAACCAUGCAUUUCUUUACAGAACUCUUAAGUCUUCAGCUUUGUGAUAUUUCUGGAAAACGGUUAUGAAUAAAUGCUUUUCUAUUUCCUUUAGGA